CAGAUUGGGCUGAACCAAAGAUCGUACGUCUACCAUCCUCGCCGACCCCAUCUGAGAAAAGAAAAAAGGACUAACACCUCACAGCAACACCAACAACAGCCCCGCCGCCAGCAAGACCACCGCUCGGCCCCCAAGCCCUCAAAACAGCGGUCCAAGACAGGCGGCGUCCGCAAGAUCCUCAAGACAGCACCCACCGGCGCAGCCGACCAAGCAGCAGCAGACGCCGAAGACUCAGAGGACGCACUCCCCGAUUCCUGGCCCAAAGCCGGACUUGGCCUCUACGCGCGCCUUGGGCCUGAAAAGGACGAUCCGAUGCUGUACGACGACAACGAUGAAGAGGCGUUCAGCCACUUCAUGGUUGACAAGUUCGGGAAGCAGAUUACGGAACCAAUUGCGGGAUAGAAGCCCGGUGACGAACAACAGGAUAAGACUAUGGCGUUUCUGCUCAUGAAUUUGGCGGGUGUCCCGUUUGGUGCUGCUUGUAUCGGGGCGGCUCUUGGGAAUGUUCUUGCGCAGACCGUUGACUUGACGGGCAACUCUAAGACGACAGCGGGCCCAUCGUCUACGUCUACCACGCCAAAUGUUGUCACCACGCCCAAGGCUGUUACCACGUCCAAGGAUGACACCUCAGAGGCCCCGAAGAAGGGACGGCAGACGAGACGAAGCCGACAGGCCGGCACAGAUAUACCUGAAGAGGCGUACUCUACACCCAAAGAGAUGGCCCAUAUGAAGCCGUGGUAUCUUUACUAGCGCCCAAAUAAUCGCCAAAUCACAGGCGGGGAACAGACGAUAGGUGUAGGAUUAUCCCAAAAGUCGAGAUAGAACAUGGCGUUGUAGAAAUGAUACCCGCAGCCUGACUGCAGUUCAUCAGUAACCCAAUCCCACCCUAAUGUGGCUUCUGCAGGCAUCUCAAAAGCAUGUGAUAAAGCUGGCUUUUUGACGUACUAAGACUCACUGCUUGCCUGGUAUACCCUCACGACUCAGCCCACACAACGUCCUCCACGCCAAUGCUUAAAAAUGGACUGACGUGCUGCAACAGACGCUGUAUGACAUGCGACCAUCUACUGUUAAUGCUCUCCAGGGGAAAAAAAAAAAUCAGACGAAUGCAGGUAAUUCGGCAAGACGAACCGAAGUCACCAUCAGACGGACACGUCGUCC